UUCAUCUGUUAACCCGUUCAUAUUGAUUCAGAUGACAGUUGAAUUUACCUUUACAGUUUCUUUCAAUUUACCAUUUACAUUCAGUUUCAGUUGAUCAUCAUUAACAUUAACAUUAUUAUGCUCAUCUCAUUACAUCCAUUAUAAACCAUAAUUAACCAUUAACAAGUUGAAUAUUUUUACGUCAACUUUUGUUACUCUUGUUCAACAAGCAAUAACAUUUAAUGUAAAAAGUUGUAAAAGUUGACUUCGUUAUUUACAGCAUAAAAAGUCGCCUCUAAUUAAUCUUGUUUUAUGACUUUCAAAAGAAACUUUAUUCAACCUUACACACACACAGACAGAAAAUACGUUUUGUAAACACUAGUUUGCUAUCAAAUAUUUGAUUCAUAAUCAAGUGUAAAUUGUGAUUAUCUAAGCAAUAAACUGGAACACACAAGGACAAUAUGGUAAACAAAUUGGUUUAUUCUUGGAUAACAUUGAUUAUCCUGCUAAGUGAUUUUUCACUUGAUACAAUUCAGUUGAUCCAAGGAAUGCCGAUGCAAGGGAACACCGAGAGUAAAGUUUAUGGGGAAAAGUGGAGGCCUCAGUAUCACUUUUCACCUCCAACUUCAUGGAUCAACGAUCCAAAUGGAUUGACUUAUUCCAAUGGUAAAUACCAUUUGUUUUAUCAAUAUCAUCCAGACUCACUGGUAUGGGGUCCUAUGCACUGGGGCCAUGCUACAUCGAGUGACCUUUUACGGUGGGAAAAUGAGCCCAUUGCCUUGUAUCCUGCCCCAGGUGGAGCAGCCUUUUCAGGCUCGGCUGUCAUUGACUCAACCAACAUAACUGGUCUUCAGAAAACGGCAAAUUCAAAUGUUUUGGUUGCAAUAUUUACUCGAAGCAACGACUCAUCACCAACUCCACAGACCCAGCACUUGGCUUACAGCUACGAUGGUAUAACAUUCAACAAUUAUGAAAAUAACCCAAUCCUGGUUGACCCAUCAAAACGCGAUUUCCGUGAUCCUGCUCUCCUUAAAUACGGCGAUGGUUACAUCAUGUCACUUGCCGCUGGUGAUGCAGCCAUGUUUUACAAGUCAACCAACCUAAUUGAUUGGACCUAUUUGAGUAGUUUCGGAGAGAAGCCAAGUCAAGGUUCACAUGGAGGUGUCUGGGAAUGUCCUGCUUUGAUACGAUUUGAGGUCGAUGGUCGUGAGCUUUGGGUACUGUUAAUAAGCAUUAAUCCAGGAGGUCCAACUGUUGGUUCAGCAACCCAAUACUUUGUUGGAACUUUUGAUGGAACACGAUUCAUAAAUGAAAACCCAGCCGAUCGAGUUCUCUGGUUAGACUGGGGUCCAGACAAUUAUGCUGCCGCUAUGUACACCAACAUUCCUUCACCCAAACCAACCAUGGUUGCAUGGAUGAACAACUGGAACUAUGCUGCCAAUGAACCAACCACACCAUGGAGAGGACAGAUGACUCUACCUCGAUCCAUGGAAUUGGUAAAGACGAGUGAUAAUGAUUAUCAUGUGCAAACCUUUCCCAUCGACGACGUUAAAAACUUGCGAGAAUCCCUUUUAUACGAAUUCAAAGGUGAACCAGUAACUGAAUCAUUGGCCAUCCAGCACAACUCAGAUCGAUACCAUUUAGAGUGCAGCUUCAAAUCUAACCGUACAAGUUUCGGUGCCGUCAAAAUAAAACUAAUGAACCAAGCAAGCAGCGAACAGGUGACUAUGAAUUUGGACAAUCUCCGAAUCGAAGUAGAUCGAAGUCAAUCCGGGCUGACAAACUUUUCUUCCGACUUUACCAAAUUAAUUCGAGGUUCCCGUAUCUUACCCAGUCCUCAACUCUCUGUUGACCUGUUUUUCGAUUCGUCAGCCGUCGAACUCUUUUACGACAAAGGUCUCUCUUCCUUUACUUACCUUGUCUUUCCAACCCAACCCUAUGAUCUUAUCUCAAUUGAAUGUACCGAUUGUACAAUAAGUUCAUUAAGCAUGUACCAAAUGAAGUCCAUUUGGAAAAAUGAUUCCUGAAAAGGAACAAAGUUCAAUUGUAUGAUAAAGUUCAAUUUGCUGUAUGAUUAUGUAAGAUGCAUUUUAUGCAAAAAAAAGAUUUGCAAAAAGAUAUUCAAGUGUAAAAAUUUGACUAGAAAAAGGUAAAAAUCCAUUUUCUCGUCUUCUAAAAACAUAGCAUUCUAAAAGGGUUCCCAAAAAGCCUAACUUUAUUCAUUUAUUCAAUCAAUCAUUUCACCCUCAACGACCAUGUUGUCCUUUUGCUUGGCAAAACUCAAACCUGCACAAAUUGAACCUUUCAAUGGGAUCCACAAAAUGUGUUACAAUGAAAGAUGAAAUAAAAAAUGAUUUGAUUAAUCGA